CUCUACUCACACUCACUCGACAUGGGCAAAGACGCAGAGACAAGAUUCUACGGCGCGACCGUGGUGGGCACGCCCGCGGGCUCGGACAAGGACAACGAUGUCGACAGCUUGCACUCGGAGGAGGUCCCGGGGCGGCGGCAGAUUGGGCUGAUUUCGGCCGUGUUCAUCAUCUUCAACCGCAUGAUUGGUACUGGCGUCUUCGCCACACCCUCCACCAUCCUUAGUUUGAGCGGGAGCGUCGGCAUGAGCAUGAUCAUGUGGGUCGUGGGCGCGAUCAUCGCGUCGGCCGGCAUGUGGGUGUACAUUGUGUGGGGCACGGCGAUCCCGCGCAACGGCGGCGAGAAGAACUACCUCGAGUACUUGCUUCGGCGGCCGCAGUUCCUCGCAACGAGCGCGUACGCUGCAAACGGUGUCCUGCUGGGCUGGGCGUCGGGCAACUCGAUCGUGUUUGGCGAGUACAUCUUGCGCGCGGCGAACCAAGAUGCGCCGGGACAGUGGACGCGGCGCCUGAUCGGCUUCGCCGGCAUCACCUUCUGCUUCCUGCUGCACGGCACGCGCCUCCGCUGGGGCCUGUACCUCCAGAACGUGCUCGGCACACUCAAGAUCCUCAUCCUCCUCGUGGUGGUGAUCACCGGGUUCGUCGCGCUCGGCGGACACCUCAAGGUCCCGAAGCCGAACAACUUUAGCAACGCGUUCGAGGGCACGACGGCGAGCGCGAGCUCGUUCUGCCUCUCGCUGUACAAUGUCGUGUGGGCGUUUGUGGGAUACUCGAACGCGUCGUACUCGCUCAGCGAGAUGAAGGACCCGAAGCGCACGCUGCGCAUCGCGGGCCCCUUCGCCAUCGGCCUCGUCACGGUGCUCUACAUCCUCGCGAACAUUGCCUACUUCGCCGCCGCGUCCAAGGAGGAGAUCACGAGCAGCGGCACGCUCGUCGCCUCGCUCCUCUUCACGAACGUGUACGGCCGCAAAGCCGCGCGCGCGCUCGACGUCUUCGUCGCGCUCAGCGCCCUCGGCAACGUCCUCUCCGUCAUCUUCUCGCAGGGCCGCGUGAACCAAGAGCUCGGCCGCGAAGGCAUCCUCCCCCUCUCCAAGCUGUGGGCGUCGAACAAGCCCUUCGGCGCCCCGCUCGCCGGUCUCGGCCUCCACUGGGCCAUCUGUCUCAUCACCAUCUUCGCCCUGCCCCCCGGCGACGCGUACAACUUCGUCAUCAACACCAUCUCGUACCCCCUCUCCGUCAUCAACGCCGUCAUCGCCUUCGGCAUCGUCUACCUCCAGUUCCGGCCGUACCCGGACUGGAAGAAGCCCGGGUGGGGCGCCGUUGCCGCCGCAGCGUUCUUCGGCGCAGCAAACGUCUUCCUCUUCGUCGUCCCCCUCACCCCGCCCCCGGCCGGCGGCGAGCCGUACACCUCCCUCCCGUACUGGACCCACGCUGUCGCCGGCUGGGCCGUCUUCGGCAUCGGCUUCGUCUACUGGCUCCUCUGGGCUCACGUUCUCCCCCGCGUCGGCGGGUACACGCUUGUGCGCCAGAAGGAGAUUAGCUCUGACGGGCUGGUGCGCAACGUCUUCCGUCGCGUGAAGAACUAAGCGGGUUGUGGGGGUGAAUGGCUCUUAGAUUGUACCAUAGGCCUAUAUUUUCAAUGACAUUAAGCAUUGCAUUUGUG